CCUGUUAUUGGGCAUUCUCUUUUGCUUUCGCGCAGUUCUUUUUGCUUGGUCUUGUGAUUUGAACCACCGUCUCGGCAGGACAAACAACCAGUGUUUUGUCUGAGGUCUGAACAAGAAGGAUUUUAAGUUUUGUUUUGUACCAUCUUGUUUGUGCUGGCUGUUGCCUAAUUAAUCCAUUCAUUCACCUUCAACCCACAACUUCGAUUAUUAUUUCAUUUGGAAACAAUCGAGGUCCCGACCACAUCCUCCCCCAUCCAUCGGCCAUAGGCAUCACCAAGUAACAAAACGCAGAAAAAGCGCCGAAAAUGAAACUCGUCAAGGUCAACUCCCUCCUGGUCAGCGAGGCCGAGCGCCACCACGACACGCCCCAGCAAGCCUUCAACACCUGCUUCCACCCAGCCGCGUUGGCCCCAGGCCUCCCCUUACCCGACGAAACGCCCUACUCCUUCAAGCGCUGGCUCCCCCUGAUCCUGCAGACCCGCCAAAAGCCCCCCCAACCACCACCACCCAACACCUCACCCUCCCCAUCUCCACCCUCCUCAUCUCCACCCACCACUACCACAACCACCACUACCACAACCACCACCACCACCCCCAUCCCCCCCAUCCAAACAAUCACCCUCACCCCCCCGCAAACCCGCCUCCUCCUCGCCGCCACCAACGCCUCCCUCCCGCGCGGCGAGCCCAACCGCACCUUCCGCGAAGACCUGUCCGACCUGCUCCUGCCCGUGCUCCGCGCCCAGCUGGUCUUCCCCCCGCAAGGCCUCUUCCUGCGCCUGGCGGCGUGCUCGCCCAAGGAUGGGGCCGGCGGGAAUGCGCCGUUGAGGGAUGUGGAGGGGGUUGUGGAGAGGUUGGUUACGUCCGUGAGGGCAAGGAAUGCGGUGGUGAGGUGUUUGGAGGGGGGUGAACGGGGGGAUGGGGAUGGGGGUGAGGAAGGGGAUGGGGGGGUGGAGUUGUUCUUUUUGGGGUUUGAUGGAAGGAUGGCGGCCGAGAGGGAGUAUAGAGUGUUUUGUUGCCCUGGGGAUGGAAGGGUGGUGGGGGUGAGUCAGUAUCGGUGGUAUCGGCCGUGGCGGUUUCAGGGGGUGGAUGAGAGGGGCCAGGAGAGGGUGGUGAGGAGGGUGGUGGAGGGGGCGGAGGAGGUGAGGGGGUUGAUUCUGGUAGAGGUGGAGAGGAGGGGGGAUGGGCUGGAUCGGUUGAUGAUGGAGCAAGGGUUCUCGUUUGAUUUGUUUUAUGACGAGGAUGCGGACAGUGGGUGGAGGAUGGGCGUGUUGUAUGGUCAGGAGGAGCCCGAGUUUCGCGUCUCGGUGGACAUGGGUGGUGUGCCAGGCCCGCCGACGGUGAGGGUAUCGAGGCUACAGGAGGAGAGUGAGAGUGAUGCCGAGACAACAGAGUUCUGCGGGGAUGAUUGGCGGGGUUUCAUUCGGUCGUUUGACUGA